UAUUUACAGUACUGAUCGUGUUUGUGAUAGCCAUAUGGGGAAAAAGAAGCAGCCCAUUCGUGCAGUUUCUACAUUUUUCACAGGGUGUUGGAGGUUGCAUCGUCCCUCUUUUGGCAAAUCCUUUCCUAGCGCCAACAAAAUAUGUAGACAUUGAAAAUAAUGGAACAUAUUCCAACAUGUCUAAUGCAAGUUCUGGACCAGACAAUGCAUCAAUGGUUGUGGAGACUACUGAAACUAACUUUCUCAUAAAUGAAAACAAUGAUAUAACGGAGUCCAGUGUCAAGUAUGCUUACCUUAUUGUAGCUGUGUACUAUGGGGUAGUGGGUCUGCUUUUCUUUCUUAUUGCUAUCAAAAUGAAAACAAUUCGUGCUUUGAGACAAGAUGCCAAAACACUGAACAAUGAGCAACCGACAGAGUCAACUAAGGCACCACUUAAUAAACGCUAUAGGGUCAAAAUGCUGUUCUUGGUGACUUUGAUCUUUUACGCACAUGGUGGAGUUCAAAUAACCCUUAAUGGACUUAUAACGACAUUCUCCGUUGAAGGACUCCAAUGGACAAAAUAUCUUGGAACAUCUAUAGCGUCGGUUUCUGGAGUUGCAAUUACCCUUUCAUGUCUACUCGGAACUUUUGCAACUAAGAUAUUGUCGCAAUCCCAAAUGAUAUCGAUACAGCUAUUGAUCAUGCUCUUGUCAAUGGUCACUAUGGUAGUGUUUGUUCAGAUGCACUCUUAUGUUUUAUGGGUGACAGUCAUUUUUACUGGAUUAUCAAGUGGCAGUAUGAAUGCUUCAAUAUAUUCCUGGCUCCAAGAGAAUGUGAUGCCAGUAACGGGUAUAGUAGUAAGCUGCAGUAUGGUUGGUAAAUCAGUGAGUGCGAUGACAGUGCCCCUGUUGGCAGCUGCUCUAAUGGAGAACGUACAUUUCAUGUGGUUUACGUAUCUGCUACUUGGUAUUGUUGUUUUGUUGGGGGUGAUAGCCAUAUGCAUAUAUGCAUCUUUUAAAGUUCAUAUGAAUAACCAAAACGCACAAUGUGCUGUCGUGACAUAAAUCUUUCAUUUC